AUGUAUUUUAGCCAGUAUACCAGUGAUGGUGGCUUCAAACUCAAGCAGUCAUACGACAACCAUUCGGGCAGGCCUCAGCUUUCCGUGGGUAUUUGGGUUCCCGAGGGCGAGACAGUCAAGAUCCCGGUCGCCAUCAAAAUCCUGAGCGAAGCCACUGGCCCCAAAGCCAACGUGGAGUUCAUGGACGAGGCCCUGAUCAUGGCGAGUGUGGAGCAUCCUCACUUGGUGCGCCUCCUGGGGGUGUGUCUGAGUCCCACCAUCCAGCUGGUCACGCAGCUCAUGCCCCACGGCUGUCUGCUCGACUACGUGCACGAGCAUCAGGACCACAUUGGCUCACAGCUGCUGCUCAACUGGUGUGUGCAGAUCGCCAAGGGCAUGAUGUACCUGGAGGAAAGGAGGCUGGUGCACAGAGACCUCGCUGCCCGGAACGUGCUGGUUAAAUCGCCCAAUCACAUCAAGAUCACGGACUUCGGCCUGGCACGGCUUCUGGACGCAGAUGAGAAAGAGUAUAAUGCGGACGCUGGAAAGAUGCCAAUUAAAUGGAUGGCGCUGGAAUGCAUCCACUAUCGGAAGUUCACACACCAGAGUGACGUUUGGAGUUACGGAGUGACCAUCUGGGAGCUGAUGACUUUUGGGGGUAAACCAUACGAUGGCAUCUCCACCCGAGAGAUCCCAGACAUCCUCGAGAAGGGAGAGAGACUGCCCCAGCCGCCCAUCUGCACCAUCGACGUCUACAUGGUCAUGGUCAAGUGCUGGAUGAUUGACGCAGACAGCAGACCCAAGUUCAAGGAGCUGGCGGCCGAGUUUUGCCGAAUGGCGCGUGACCCACAGCGGUACCUGGUCAUUCAAGGGGAUGACCGCAUGAAGCUGCCCAGCCCCAACGACAGCAAGUUCUUCCAGAGCCUGUUGGACGAGGAGGACCUGGACGAACUGAUGGACGCUGAUGAGUAUCUGGUUCCCAAAGGGUUCAACGGGCCUCCGCAGUCCAGCUUGGCACGGCCCAGAGUCGACUCCAACCGGCAUCCCGUGGGCGGAUCGAGGGCUUAUGAAGCCUCAGUGGGAGGAACGGCACUGCCAUUACCCUCCCAGAACCGCCUUCCUUCCAUCAUCCGCGCACCAUCCGCUCAGGAUCCCAUCUUCCGUUUGCCCAUGCCAGACCAGCUUGCGGCAUUACCCGUUACCCCCCGAACAGCGGCGCUUCGCAUCUCGGCUGGCUUGGGCUUGCCCUAUCAACCUCCCUUGCCACCACACUUUGAAAGCCGGUCAGCUUGGGUAACGACCCCAACCAGUGGUCAAGGCGGCCAGAUCGGAACGGUCGGCCCAAGUUUCACGCGAGGUCAGUCGGUACUACACGUCUACGUGUCAUCAAUCCGAUGGCCAUCGGCACGCCUCUUGUCCCAGCCUAAACCAAGCCAUCGGAGCGACUCAUGA